CGCUCCGUCUUUAAACAUUUUAGUGAUUUUUCAUUUUCAAAAAUAAUUAUUAACAUGGCUGGUUUGAUUGAAAACAUGGCAGCAAUUUAUAAGAAGAAUUAUACGUACGUUCCUCCGACACCGCCUGCAGAACUGAUUGAUUCUACGUCAUACACAUUGGACUUUGUCGCCCGUAAGUUCAUACAUAUUGGCAUCGAUCCGACUGAAAAUUUCCAAGUCGCCGUUCAUUUAGUAACUUCAUUGCGGUAUGUCAAAAUAACACCGGAUUUUCUAAAACUUAUAUUUUCACUGAUGGGGAAUAUAUUGUCGUUUAUUUUGGAUCAACCGCAAAAAUACAAGCGGAAUUUAUUUCUGGAAACAGAAAUUAUUUCGCUGUCUAGUAUGGUGUAUCAAGGGGAAAAUAUGCUUGUCAUCGAAUCAAAAACACAAGCCGGAUGUCGAGUAUUGCUAAGUCACACAGAUUUAAUGAAAUUGCAAUAUUUAGAAUGGUCGAUUAACGAAACAGUCGUUCGAAAGUCAACCAUUAUACGACCACUUGUCUUAAAACAGCUCGAGACUAUGGGUAAUUAUUUGGACCAGGAAUUUACCAAAGUUGAUUCACUACCAAAGACACCUGAAGAAAUGAUCGUUUUUAUCAACAGUUUAAGUGAUGAUAAAAUUAUUGGAUCCACUCCUAAAGAAGACAUGAAUUUCAUCAGUCAACUGAAAAUGUAUGCUUCAUCUCAAUUAGCCGAACAUUGGGCGCAACGAUGGAGUGGAGAAUCAGAGUUAUUCACUGAAUCCAAAGUGAGGCUCAUCUCACCUCCGAGAUAUUCAAGUAUGUCUCCAAUGCACGAAGACUUUUCACAAAAAAGGGGAGCUGACGAGGAAUGUGGUAUCGAUGAAUUUUUAACACAGGCGACAUGGGCACCAACUCGGAAAACAAAACCAUUGCAUAUUGAUGAUCCUGGCAGUCUACCGACGACGAUAAUAGACACUCUUCCCGCAUCGUUUGAUUCAGACAAUUUUGCACAGCCCCCUCCGUGGUAUACAGCGCCUCAAUAUAUUGAAUCUUCACCACAAAGUCCUGCAGUUGAUGAGAAUGACGGUCCAACGUCUUUCAACCUCUCACCAUCAUCCCCUCCAGCUCUUCUAGGAUUCACGGGUCAAAAGUUGGCAAAAAAAAAACCAUCUAUGGGGAGCGUAAAACGCAAACUAUUUUAAUAUUUGUACUAAAUUUAUGUGAAAAUAAAAACAA